AUGACUACCGAGCAACCCGGCGACAACCAGCGCACUGGAGACGGCGGUCCUCCGCUCCGUUCCUUGAAGCCUGACAUUGUCUGUCUCGAUGGGCAUCAGUUCCGCAUCAACUAUGGCGUUCCACAAGACGUGACUGACCAGCUUGAGUCCCUUUUCAUCCAGGACUCCGAGGUUAAGUACGACGAUAUCCCAGAUCAUCUGAAGGCCUACGAGGUGGGAAUCGACGAUCCCACGGGAAGACCCGACCCAGCAGCAGCCAGCCGCCAGUAA